AAAAAACUAUUUAAAUGAGAACAAUGGUGAUCAUCCAUAAAAUGUAAAACUAUAUGAAACCAAGUCAAGUAGACGAGAUGGUUCUUUCCUUGCGUACAAAUUGACCAAAAAUCCAGCACCAGACAAAACUGAGUCUACUUGACAUGGUUACUGAGCAUUACCUAUUAAAUAAUUAAUAGAAGAAAUUAUUCAGGACAAUACAGUCUUUGAACUGCUUCUACCUACAACUGAUUUGGUUCCUGCUGGAUUUAAGAAUUUUUUAUCCCCCCCCCCCCCCCCCCAAUUCACUGAAACUGUGCCAUCUUUAACCAAAUACAGCUUGUGUUCAUUUUACCACGUAAUGUUUGUCUUCCUAAAAAUAGAUUCAGAGCCAUUUGAAUGACCCUGUGUUUUAUUUCUUAAAUGGGACAAUGAUGGGAAAAAAAAAAUACUUCAUCAGAACCCAACAGGUGUUAGAGACGUAUUAAAAAUAAUGCCGAGGACAUUUGGUAAAGGACUGAUUCGGACUGAAAGGAGUAUAAAAGAACUUGUAAUUCAGAUGGAAAGCACAGGCAACAUGAAGGUACUUCUACUCUUGGGCUUUAUUGCCACAGCGCUGGCUGCUGGACCCUCAGUGUUUGAUGGGGCAAAGGUUUAUCGGCUGAAGCCUCAAUAUGAGGGUCAUGUCGAAGCAAUUAAGAACUUGGAAAGCAGCAUAAAGGUUGAUUUCUGGAACCCUGACAAUCCGGAGCUGGUUGCUGCACACACAGAUGUGGAUAUCCAUGUCAGUGCAGAACAGGCUCCACUUUUGGAAACCCUUUUACAGCAGACCGGAAUGGAGCAUGAAGUGCUGAUUGACGACCUCCAGACUGCCAUGAAAAACCAAUUUGACAACAAAGAGCGUUCAACCACUAGAUACAACUAUGAAAAAUACAACACCUUGGAGAAAAUUGAAGCCUGGACUGCCAGUAUCACUGCUGAAAACCCCAAUCUUGUCACCAGAUCCCAGAUUGGAAGUUCCUUUGAAGGACGCCCUAUGUACCUUCUCAAGUUGGGCAAGAGAACCGGCUCAUCAAAGCCCGCUAUCUUUGUGGACUGUGGCAUCCAUGCUAGGGAGUGGAUCUCCCCUGCUUUCUGCCAGUGGUUUGUGAAGGAGGCUGUCACGACAUAUGGGUCUGAUGCUGAAAUGACCCGUCUCUUGGACAGCAUGGAUGUCUUUGUUCUGCCAGUUUUCAAUGUUGAUGGCUAUGCAUACACCUGGAGCAAGGACAGAAUGUGGAGGAAAACUCGUUCUACGAACUCUGGUACCACCUGCAUUGGUACUGACCCCAACAGAAACUUUAAUGCAGGCUGGUGCACUAUUGGAGCUUCAAAUAAACCAUGCAGUGACACGUAUUGUGGAUCCAAAGCUGAAUCUGAGAUCGAAGUCAAAGCUGUUGCCAACUUCAUCCGUGCAAACCGUUCCAUCAUCAAAGCCUACCUAACCAUACAUUCCUACUCUCAGUUGCUCCUGUUCCCAUACUCUUACACUACUGCACUGGCGGCUCACCACACUGAACUGCUUGGCGUUGCACAAGGAGCUGCAGAUGCUUUAGCCACACUUUAUGGUACACGUUACACUAGUGGCCCUGGAGCAGUCACAAUCUACCCUGCUGCUGGUGGUUCUGAUGACUGGGCCUAUGACUUGGGUGUCAAGUACUCUUUCACCUUUGAACUUCGUGAUACUGGCAGAUAUGGAUUCCUGCUUCCAGAGUCGCAGAUCAGGCCAACUUGCCAAGAAACAAUGCUGGCAGUCAAAUAUAUUGCCAAACAUGUUCAGGAUAACCUUUACUGAAAUGAUUUGUACAGAGUAAAAUAAAACAGAACCAAUAAAACGCAUGAUAAUAUUAUUGAGUCUGUGUUCCUCUUGUUUGCCUCAGUGAACCUAUUUACUUUACUCUACAGUAUACAUUAUGCUAGUAAAAAUGUAU